AUGGGCAAGACGAGAUUUACCGUACCGCUGUUUCUCGCCCUGUUCCACGCCCUCCUACCGAACACCCGGGGAGCACACACGGAGGGGCCCUCCGCAGAAUUGCGUCUGUGCAGCAGAUGUAGAUGCGCUCUCUCGGAGGAGUGCCAGCAGAGCGCGUCCUCUGCCUAUCGAACUGAUCUGGGCGCGAGGGGGAGCGGCAACGCGUGUGAGGAGCGCCAGUCGAAGGUGGUCAAGAGGCGCAAGGAGGUAGCAAAGGGGGCAGCCAAAGUGGAAGCAAAGGAGACAACCAAGCCGAGAAAUAAGCCGAGAGAAAAAUCGCCAGUCCAGCCGAGAUCCGAAUCGCCAGCCAAGCCGAGACCCAAAUCGCCAGUCAAGCCGAGAAAAAAAGCGCCACCAAUACCGACGCCCAAAGCUACUGCUGAAGUGGCUGCCGAGGUGACUGCCGAGGAGACCGCUGAACAGACCGCCGCCCAAACCGCCGAACAGACUGCCGCCCCGACCGAUGGCGAAGCGGAAAAGUGCCCCCUACCCUACGGGUGCAAGGAGGAGGACUUCACCCUCGAAAUCACAACCAAAGAGCAGCUGACCCACCUGAUCUCCAGACUAGGGUGGGUCAUAACACAGAGGAAGGCAUACAUAGGCUACUUUUAUUUUAUGCAAUAUAUGAGGGGCUCCUUCAAACUGUUGGAGACCAACCUGUGGAACCUCCUUCAAGAAACAGCAGUGAAAAAUAAUAUUUCGGAAAAAAUAAAAAAAAAAAUGUGGGAGCCUUGCAAAAACACACUAACUAGGGAACAAAACAAAUUAGAAAAAGAGUCUCUAAAAAAUUUUUCAAAUUUUAUGCUCGAGAGGAGCUUCUCUGUGUCCUUUAUAGAGAAAAUGCUUUACGCUAAGGAGACCAACAAGUAUAUUUAUAUGCGUUACUAUGAUGAGCAUUUGGGGAAUGACGCCAAGGCGUGGUAUGACGUUCUGGAGCAGCAGGAGAAGUUCUGGACCAGUAGGCUGUCCUACGAGGCGAACUGCCAUCAUACGGCAGCCAUACGGUAG